AUGCCGGUGCCAACAAACACAAUUGACUCUCAGGGGAAGUCGGGCGGGGGCCCCGAGGCUGCCCCCGAGCCCGUUCCGGACGCGGCGCCCGAGGCGUCCCCGGUGGGGCUGGGCUCCGCGCCGGGCUCCGGGCCCCACCCGGAGCUGGCGCCGCACGGCGAGAUGCCGCUACCCGGCUCCGGCGGCUCCGUGUCCGGCUCCGUGUCCGGAUCGCUGCGGGCGCCGCGCAUCGUGGAGCACCCCGCCGACGUGGUGGUGCGCCGCAACGACCCGCUCACGCUCAACUGCAAGGCCGAGGGCCGGCCGGAGCCCGUCAUCGAGUGGUGGAAGGACGGCGAGAGGGUGUCCGCCGCGCCGCACCGCGUGCUGCUGCCGGCGGGGUCGCUGUUCUUCCUGCGCGUGGCGAGCGGCAAGAAGGAGCCCGACUCGGGCGUGUACUGGUGCGUGGCCAAGAACGCCGCGGGGCAGACCAGCAGUCGCAACGCGUCGCUCCUCGUCGCAGUGCUGCGCGACGAGUUCCGCGCGCAGCCCCGCGACACGAGGGUGGCGGCCGGCGAGACGGCGCUGCUGGACUGCGGCCCGCCCAAAGGGACGCCCGAGCCCACGCUCACCUGGAAGCGGAACGGACAGGACCUGGACUUCCACGCCCUCAACGCGGACGGCAACCGCAGGUACCGCGUGGUGGACGGCGGCAACCUGCUCAUCGCCAGCGUGUCCCGCGGCGACGAGGGGAAGUACAAGUGCGUGGCGCACAACGUGGCGGGCGUCCGGGAGAGCGCGACGGCCACCCUGGACGUGCACGUCAAGCCGUACUUCCUGCGGCAGCCCAGCGACGUGACGGCGCUGGUGGGCCAGAGCGUGGAGCUGGAGUGCGCCGCGUCGGGCGAGCCCACGCCCACCAUGCUGUGGCGGCGCGAGGACGGCCGCAUGGCCAUCGCGCGCGCGCACAUCCUGGACAACAAGGCCCUGCGCCUCGAGCACGUCACGGCCGAGGACGUGGGCACCUACAUCUGCGAGGCCGAGAACGACGUGGGCAGCGACUCGGCCAGGCUCACCCUCACCGUGCACUCGCCGCCGUACUUCACGGUGCGGCCCUCGGACAUGCGCGUGCCGGUGGGCAGCUCGGUGACGUUCCCCUGCGCGGCCGAGGGCAGCCCGCCGCCCUCCGUCUUCUGGAGCCGCGAGGGCUCCCGCCUGCUCAUGUUCCCCGGCACCGUGCACGGCGACAUCGCCGUGUCCGCCGACGGCACCCUGUCCCUCAAGAGCGUCACCAGGGAGGACUCCAGCUACUUCGUGUGCUCGGCGCUCAGCGUGGCCGGGUCCGCCACCGAGCGGGCGCUCCUGGAGGUGCUGCCGCUGCAGCAGGCGCCGCCGCCGCUGAUCCAGCUGGGCCCCGGCAACCUGACGAUGCCCGUGGAGGGCGUGGCCGUGCUGCCCUGCGCCGCGGCGCGCAUCAGCUGGCUCAAGGACGGCCGGCCCUUCUCGGCGUCCGGCCGCGUCGCCAUGUCCAGCAAGGGCAGCCUGUCCGUCAAGAACCUGCAGGUGUCCGACUCGGGCGAGUACACGUGCGUGGCGGAGUCAUCGACGGGGCGGUCGUCCUGGUCGGCGUGGCUGGCCGUGCUGCCCGGGCUGCCCGAGGCGCGGCGCGGCCCCGACCUGGCCGCCAUGCCCACGGCGCCCCCGAAGCCCUACAUCGUGAACGCCACCCGCGACUCGCUGACGGUGUCCUGGAUCGACCCGAACCCCGGCCGCUACGACCGCUCCCACCUCAUCGGCUACAUGCUGGACUACUUCAGCAGCGAGGACCAGAGCGCCGGCUGGGUCCGCGUCGCGCGAGCCAUCAAGGCGGAAGUGUGGACCGUUUCCGGGCUAUCUCCAGACUCCAGUUAUGUCUUCGUUGUUCGCGCGGAGACUGACGCCGGAGUGUCUUUGCCCAGUCCAAUAUCAGAGCCAGGUCAUACGUUAAAUGCCAAUGCCAACAUCCUGCCUCCCUAUGAGGGUGCUGUGGCUCGGUCACAUUUGAGUUCUAGUGUUGUUGUUUUGAAGGAUGCUCAGGCCAUUUCACCAACAUCCAUUCGCUUAACUUGGGAUAUAAUUGGUGCUGCAAACUUCAUCGAGGGAUUCUACAUCCGUUACCGUGAGAUAUCUCAUACAAAUGAGACAAACAUCACAAGUAUUCCUGAGUAUCAAGUUGUGAAAAUAAGCAACUCAGGGGCCACCACAUAUACUUUGAAUGAUUUGAAAAAAUAUGCAGUUUAUGAAGUGUUCCUCACACCUUUUUACAAGUCAAUUGAUGGGCAGCCGUCCAAUUUCAAAGUUGUGAACACCCUUGAGGAUGCUCCCACUGCACCUCCAGAACACAUACAAGUAGGAAUUCUUAAUGUGACAUCAGCCUUUGUCAGAUGGACUCCACCUCCUGCAGAUAGUCACCAUGGAAAGAUUGUGGGCUAUAAGAUACAAAUCAGCAGUCCACUUGGGAAACUGUUAGCACAAAUGACUUUAAAUGCCACCAACAUGUCAGUUCUCUUGAACAACUUGACGAUUGGAGCAGAGUACAUGACCAGAGUGGCUGCCUUCACCGCUGCAGGCCUAGGACCUUAUUCACUUGGAACGCCACUGGUCAUGGACCCCUCUGCCCUUCAGCCAUUCACACCUCGGUCAAGACCAACCAAUGACGAUGCAUCUAGUGUUGUUCGAGAAACUUGGUUUGCUGUACUUAUGGGAGCAUUGGCUCUCUUGAUUGCUGGUGGUUUUGCCGUAGUGGUGUACAUGAAAAAGAGACAAACUGCUGGCAAAGAGCUUGGACACCUUAAAGUUCCUGUCGUAAAUGCCAAUGAUAUGGCUGGUUUGGGUCUGUUGAGCGGGAAGGAGACACUCUGGAUAGACAGAGGUUGGCGAGCAGCAGCAGGGAAAGGAGUUCCCGUAACUCCACCCCUCGGAUCGGAAUAUGCAGAAGUGGAUGCUACCUGUGCGCUCUCCUCCUUUUAUAGACAGCCUCCUUUAACAAGUACAGCUGAUGCUGCUGAUGGAGCUGAUCCUACCCCUUAUGCCACAACCAUGCUGCUUAGUCAACUUCCUGGCCAAAGACCUGAUCAUCUAGAGGGCUCGACCCCUUCGGAUCCUUAUGCUAGUGGAAGUCUAAUGUACCCGAGGAAAAGUCCCUUGUCUCCAGGAGCACCGAGUACCAUUGAUGGCAGUUACUCAGAUGACCUCUCAGUCUCCUACGACAGAAGAGGCCCCCAUCCGCACCCCCAUGCUCACUCUCACCAGGCUCAUCCCCAUCAACACCAACACCAUCACCACCACCUUGCCCAGCCUCCCCACUGGAGUGACAUCCUUCCACCGCCGCCAGAGCAGCCUCCCCCGCCGCCUGGGUCUUGUGCAGGAUCAGGAUCUUUGCAGGGCCACCAGGGCCACCAUGGACACCAAGGUCAUCAGGGCCACCAGAACCACCACGGCCAUCAGGGCCACCAGUGCGGCAGCCUAAGCAGCUUGAGUCCCCAGUCGUCACGGCGGGGUCACGUGACUUGCUCCGGACCGGGCCACGCCAGCACCACGGGCCGGCCGGGCAGCUCGGCGAGUCGCAGUCGGAGCUGCGGCACCACUGCAAGUGGCAGCGGCUGCGGCUCGGCCACCAACGCCAGGACCUGCUCCUGGCAGCGCUCUCGGUGCGCCCACCCGCAGGCCGCCCACCCGCAGGCCGCCCACCCGCAGGGGCCGCACGGGUCGCAUGGGCCGCAGGGUGGCAACGAUGGACCAGCACGGUACCACUCGGAGCCACCUCAGCAGAGACCUCCCCCGGUUCCAAGAUAUCCGAAUGGAUAUGAUCAACCAUCUACUGGGUCUGCCUCAACAAGUGAGGACCGUGGUUGUCAGUCAUCUCUAGUUAGUUUGUUACCUGACAGUUCCACUGCUGCAACAGAAUCUGCCUGCAAUGCCCUCGCAGACUACGGCUUGGCUGCUGACUGCUUGCUUUCUGGUUGUCGCAGUGACUAUUCGUCAGACCACAAUAGCAGCAAUGAACGACCCCAGUCCAUGGCCAGUGAUACUUGUUGCUCAUGUUCUGACUCCUCGUGUAUGUAUGCUGAAGUAGGGAAUGGUAAUCACAAUAGUCAAGAUCAACGAUGA